GCUCGCAUUCCUUCUGCGACACACUUGAGCCAACGAGGAAGUGCUUGUUAGUGAGAUAAAAUCAUGGCUUUUAUUGAGCGCUUCCUAAACGAGCAGCAGGCACUGCAGAGCCAGGGAUUCCUCAGAUGAGUUCUUAUAAUUCUUACACACAAUCCUGCUGCUAUUCUUCCUGCAUAGACUGAGAUUUUUGCAACGUCAGUAAGUAUGUGAUGUCAUCUCGGUCCAGCUUGGGUCACCAAAUGAGCAACUAUGUUAAAAGACAUCGUUAUUACAGAGCAGCCAGUGUGUGCCUGUGUUCCCAGGGACUUCCCCCUCACCCUGCGCUGCCGGGCCCAAGGCUCUUCAUUUCUCCACUAUCAGUGGUUUCUGUAUUCUGAGACUUUUUGUAAAGAAAUUCCUGGGGCAAACCAGCCUGAUCUGCACAUUGUGGGACAACAAACGCAGUUGUAUGUCUGUCGAAUAAAUGAUCAGCAUCGCCACAUUGCGUUCAGUCAUUGGGUAAAAGUCAAAGUCCUGAAAGACAUUAAUAAAGAUUAUGCACCACCUGGAUGGGAGGGUGACCCUGUCUUCAUAAUGAACCCAGUCCCUGUUCACUUGACAUCCCAACAACCAGUGCAAUUCCAGUGUUGUGCCAUAGGGAUCCCAGCCCCCAAGUACCAGUGGUACCUGAAUGGACAGUGCUUGCAACAUAGAAAAGGGAGGAAGAUGCAGAUAAAAGCAGUAAAGCCCAAAGACUGUGGAAGUUACUUGUGCUGUGCCACUAAUGCCAAAGGGGAGAGGUGGAGUGAACCUGUUGAACUCACACGGGGAAAUAGUCCUGCAAGAGAGAAGAGCAUUUAUCUUGCGGCAGGGAAAGUGGCUUUGAUAAUUGGCAACAAUUGUUACUUGAACCAUCCCAACCUCCUGGCCCCAGUAGUAGAUGUGUGUGAGCUAUCCAUUCUUCUUAGCAAGCUGGGGUUCUGUGUGAUAUCACUGGUGGACUUGGCCCGUAGUGAAAUGCUGACAGCAGUUAACAAGUUCCUACAGUUUCUUGACAAAGGGGUGUACGGGCUAUUUUACUAUGCUGGCCAUGGCUAUGAACGCUCUGGAAGAAAUUACAUGGUUCCCAUUGAUGCCCCGCAACCCUACAGGCCUGAGAACUGCAUAAGUGUACAGAAAAUUCUACAGAAGAUGCAGGAGAGGAGAACAGCUUUGAAUGUUGUUCUCUUAGAUACGUGCAGAAAAUGGUAUAAUGCUGACUGUGCCUUAUCAAAGGUGAAUCCCCUUAAACCAUUUGGAAACACUGUCUAUGGCUACGCCACGUGUGAGAAUGCAGAGGCCUAUGAGGUACAGGAUGGAAAUUCCAGCUCCGGGAUAUUCAUGACAUAUCUAAAGAAAUAUAUUCUAGAAGAAAAGAAGGUUACCCACAUGCUGGAAGAUGUCCUAGAAGAUAUUGGAAGAGACCCUUUGAUAACAGGAAAGCAAGUCAUGGAAAUCAAACACACGCUAACAGAGUCUCGAGCUUUGACUGACAGGAUCUGCAGCCCACAAAGUGAGCGCUUAAACAGAAAAAUAUGGGACAAGGAUAAUGAGAUGCCCAAACAGAUAUUGUUGUUCCCAUGUGGAGUUAAGGUAGAAGUGAGCUUCCAGUCUGUAUUCUCCAACCUCAUCCACGUUUUUGCCAGGUUGAUCCAAACUCCAUCAUACUUGACUGACAUAAGGACCAUUCUUUAUAGAUCCUCUGACUUGGCAGAGCUUUCCAUACCCAACAGCUGCAGACUGGGCCAUGAGGACUCUCUUCUGGCUAUGGGAAGUGAAGGGGAAGAGGCAGACUGUAUGCUGAGACUUCCAGGAUUACAAAAAUGUCAGAAUGACAUCUUCAUCAAACUUGACCUGCACUGCACAGACAUGGGCACAGGUAUCCGCUUACAAGAGAGCCUGGAGCACAAGAUUCCCAAGCCUUGUGUAACAAGAUUAUUCAGCCAGAAAGACACCUCUUUGUUGGACUGGGAUAGUGCUGCUGGUAGCUCUGACAGUGGGUCUAGACAGAGACUACAGAGCAGCACAGACUCACAUAAGAGAGAGCCAGCAGCUCAUACACUGGGGCAUGCAGGUGGAAUAUCUUUAGGAGCUCAGUCAAAGUCAAGCAGUGAACCUGAAGAAAACGAUGAAAGUGACCUUUUUGCUGCUUUAUGAAAGGUCCUGCUAAAUACAUUAUCUAUGUAUGUUCCAAACACACAGACUGGAUUAUCAUAUAAAGACUCUGAAGUUAGUACAUCAAAAUCUGCCAAUUUUUACCCAGUAGAUUACAGUUAUAUGUCCUUUUUUUUUUUUCCAAAUGGAACAGACCUUAGUGCAGAACCUUACAUACCAUUUACUUAAGUGGGGAAAAGGCAAUGAUGCAGUUAAGUAAGUUCUAAACAGAAAAGAGCUCCCGUUAUUUGCUUUCCGAAAAGGUAUAUGCUUGUUGAUGAAAGGGUUGAAAUAAACACAGUUCUGAGUACUGUUCUUCCCUCCCUGAGUCUGUAACAUGUCGCUGUUCAUGGAGAUAUCCAAUGUGGUGACUAAACUGAUUUACACUAAAGAAAUGCCUUUUCAGCAAGUGAACUGUAAAGAGGUUCCAGACACAAUGUAUUUAUAGGUCUAUAUAGUCAGUUCUCAUUGGAAAAAAAACUAUGGCCCUUGCUUCCUUCAUUUAAGGGACUGUUGUUUGUGCCAGUAGAUAUACUAAGGUCUGCUACAUCUUUAAGUCUUGCGGUGCAAUUAUUUUCUACCAUACUGGUACAUGUCUGUAUUAAACUGAACUCAGUCAGUCAGUUUGAAAGAUCCAUCUUCAAAAGUGUUUGGUAAUCAUGCCCUAACAGUAUGUUACUAGGGUAUGGUACAGCUGGACUAGCUAUCAUUUUUUUGCUGACAUUUCAUACAUCUCUACAGAAGGCUCCAGUUCUUCCUCUGGGUAAAUAUUUUUGAAGAAAGUUCUCUUUAUUUUUGAAUUGUUCUCACUCGUGGAUGUCCAUGUCAAGUAUUUUGCUGGUCUUACUUCUAGCCCUAGGCGUAGACAUCUGUCUUGGUGCAAUAUGGCUUUUUAAAUCAAAAGAUUCUAAUUUUUAAAUGGUUAAUGGUAUAUACAGACAGCACUACCAACUAUGAGUACUAGCAGAGGCCAAAAAUCCCAACUGGUGCCCCGCAAUAAUGAGAAAUAUGGAAUGUUUAUAAAGUCUUGCAGACAAAAUAGAAUAAUUUGAAUAAUCUGUGUAAGGUGACUAUCUGAAAAUAUAGAUUCCCUAGCUCCACCCCCUGAAAUCACACUCAUCCAGUCACAAUAUUGCAUUUUAAAUUAUUCACACCUCCAAACAAAUCAGCACCUUCCAAACACUUACGCAGCCAAUCGCAAAAGAUAAAGGAAAUAUGCAAGGCUAAUACCAGGAACAGUGAGGGCUGAGUGGUCAGAAAAAGGACCUGAGACUCCUCCCUGCAAUUUGCCAUGCUACUACUGCAGGCAGGGAACCAAAGGCAUUAAGGAGGAUUUAUCCAAUAAUUGUCUGUUGCCGCACCUCCCUUCCUCUCCUAUGAUUCUCCUGCCUGGUGGUGCUGAUCCCUCUAGAGUAGACGGUUGGCACCGUCAGUCACAUGAAAUUCACAAGUUUUUGAAGAAGAGUCGCACAACACCAAUAUUUGCCGAACUUGUAGUUCUCUUGUUUCCCACCCCAAACUGUAUCCAUUAUAAUAGGUCAUUUAUUCUUUCAGCCUGUGGCCUUGUGCCUUUUUUAUGACCAGGGAAAUACUUGAAGAUGGCUAAUAUGCUUGUGUGUUACAGAAGGGGAUACAUUAUCCUUAAUACGCUGAAUCAAGGUUGGCCCAAUGUGGCAUCAUGUUGGCAGCAUGCUCUGAAAAUGGUUGUUUUUAAAUAUCCAGUUGGAUUCAAAAAGCCUUGUGAAGCAUUGUGUUUUGUCUCUUUCCACAUGGAGAGCAAGUAUUGUGCACUUAAUACUAAAUGAAAGUUCUCAUUGAUUGAAUAAUAAAAUAAUUUAUUGAGUUGGCUUUGUAUUUCAUAGCAAUAAAUGCAUUCUCUCUUUG